UUGAAGAGAAAUGUGUGUUUUUACUGACCUGUUAGCUGUUAAUUAGCAGUUCGUUUAUUAACUUUAUUGUUUAGAAAGAGUCAUCUGUUAAUACAAACCGCUUAUUUAAACCUACAAUUCGGCUGCAACCCAGCUGUUUUUACUUUACUGUACUUCGGAGCUUUACUAUAGACACGAUUCCAGGUGGCGCUGUUUUAACUUUAAAUCAGAGUGAACUGAAACCACAACAUAAACAUAGCAACUGUUCACUUUGGUGAUGGGUUAAAACAUUUUACUGAACUCAUCAAACACUAUGAAGAAAAACCAACGUGACUGAGGCUACACGAAUGCCAUACACGUAGACCAUAGUAUUGUGAAUACUGUGAAUUCAAAUGUGACACUGCGGGGAAACCAGCCUAAUUUCUCAUAGACGUUUAUUCCAAAUUAAGUUUCUUGCAACCAACAGUCUCCCCCUGGUGGCUGCCUGAAUUCCAGUAUCUUCUAACAGGAGAGCAGAGGUUAUAUUUACAGUCCUGAAUUUUAACUGAUGGUGGUCACGUUGACCUUUGUGAUCUUUUGUUUUUUCUGGGAAUAGUGUCUGAUGUGAGCCAGAGGUCCUGGUCAUAGACCUGUUGUCCUGUCUUUUGCAGUUGAACUCUUUAGUGUUGACCACAUCAGUCUAUAACAUGUCUUCUGAGCUCUGCACCAUCACUGAACCAAGACCAGCAGCUCUGCAGACCACCACUGUAGGGGGCAGCAAACCUCUACAUCGCUUCAUGAAAGGGCAGCCCAAGACUGUGGGGAUUGUUGUUCUGGUCCUGGGUGCAGCUUUCCUCAUCAUUUCCACUGUCAUUGUGAGAAGCAAUGACAGUCACCACAUGUUUUUAAUUAUGCAACCUGGCUUCCUGCUGGGAAUACUGUUCAUCAUGAGUGGGAUGCUGUACAUUUUGACAGAACAUAAUCCAACAAAGAAGGCGGUCACCAUCUCAUUGGCUCUCAGUAUUGUGACCAUAUUGGGGACAGUGUGGACCAUCCUGGAUACCCUGCCUGAAAUAAUGUUCUCCCACCACUAUGACAGCCUGGACCAGGAGGUUGAAGAAAACGUCACAGUGACUGAUUAUUCUCCUUAUCGAUCUGAGCGGUUGGCGGUUGAAGGCGUCUUGUUGGUGGUCUUCUUGUUCUACACCUUUGGUGGAGGAGUUAUCGUCAUCGUGAUGUCCACACUGGCUGGUGCUGCUCUGCGGCCCACAAAGAGUCAGGCCAUCGUUGUGAUGACCACAGCCACAGACACAGACACAGCCACAGCCACAGCCGAGUGAUGAGAAGACAGAAGAGUUCUGCUGCGUUCACACUCCACUCCACUUUAUUAAAACAGUGAGUUUUAAUGAAGGUCGUUCUCCUUUAACACAAACACAUUUUAACUACAUUAAAAUAGUUAACAAUAUUAUUACUGAUGUCACAUGACCAGUGAUCACAUCUGAUCACUGGUCAUGUGUUUAUUUCCGCUGUUUAUAGCAGUUUAUUUCUGACACCUGUUAGAGCAGCCUGUGGCACAGUGUGAGCGCUUCUGUACUGUAGCGUCGCAAGUUGUAAUCUGGGCCUAGCUGUGAACAGGUUAAUGUGGAGGACAGACUGGUCACUGGUGUCAGAGGUCAGUGACAGUGACCAGUAAAGCUAAUGUUGUUGAUGAUGUCAGUACGCCACAAUAAUAAAAAAAAA